UAAAAUAAAAUAGUACUCAUUUUUAAAAAACUUAAUGUUGAUUCUCAAAUAAAUAAAAUUCAUAACAUCCAUACUUUUCUUUUUUCUCUCACCCCUGCAACCAUCGGCUCGGCUCCAUCGGCUCCAUCAGAUCGAUCGACUCCUCCACAACCGUCUCCCAUCUGGCGGCCAUCUAUCCUCCGGCCUAUCAACAGCUUCCUCCAUCGACGGUGCACAUCUCCCUUCCAUAGACGUCUCCCAUCUGGCGGCCAUCUUUCUUCCUCCAGAUCUGACGCAGCUCCUUCGACGCAGCUUCCUUCCUCCGACCCGACCCGACUAGCUCCUCCUAUAGACGCCAUUUCUUCUUUGAUUUACCGGCUGUACCCAAUUUUGGGUACAGCCGGUUGUAUAGUAUAAUUUGCCUCGGAGAAGAGCAUCGGAGAAGAGAGCUUGCAGGGCUUCCGCGGUUGUCACCACCACUAAUCGGCGACAAGGGGAAAAGGGGCAGACGAUGAAACGCGCGAUGAAGAUCAAAAGAAUUUCAGCGACCUCGCCGUGUUACUCCCUCUUUGACCCACGACUUCUCUACCUCAGUUAUCUUCUCUUCGGAAAGCUUAGCAGCCUCAUUCAUGGCAGCCUCAACCCAGCUAAUUGGUGGCAAUUUAAAGCACUUGCUGGUUUAAUAUGGAAAGAUAAAAAAGGCCUCAGGUGGAGAGUAUUUGAUGCCAACGUGGCUUCCAAUGUAACGUGCGGUUCAGUGGUAACCUCUGAUCAGAAGCCAGAGCUGGAUCUUUCUCAUGGACUUAAAGGCAGAGCCAGAGCCACCACCAAUGUGACAUGCGAUUCAGAUGGUAAGAGGUCAGAACUGGAUCUUUCUCAUGUACUCAAAGGUAGAGGUAAAUGUAUGAUUUAGAGAUUUUUUCCAUGCAUGAUACAAUGAUCAAUUCUUUUUGCAUAACUGAGCAGGUAGAUAAUUAAUUUUUUAAAUUUCUUUAAUUUCUUACUUAGUGAGAUCUCUCUCUCCGAGCAAUUGAUUUCAAUUUUCAAGCGUCACUCCAAUCUCUCUCAUCUUAUUUAACACAUUUCUAAUUUCAUUAUCCUUUCCCAUUUUCAUUAUCUGAAAACUUUUCUUUCUUUCAUUUACCUUUUGAAAUUUGUUUAAUUCAUUUCAUUAUCAUUGUUAAUAUUCUUUGUGGUGACACUACCUUUUAUGGUAAAGACCUAUUGUUCUUUAUUGUAUUAUCAUUAUUAUAAAGAAAUUCACUUUUUCUUCUCCACUUCAAUAACUAAUUUCAUUUUCCACGUUGAAGGCAUCUUGCAUUCAAAUCUAUUCAGCUUUCGCCACAUGUAGUUCGCCGUUUGUGUACCUUUAACGUUGUUACUCUAUCUUACUCCGCAGUUUAGUUUUGGCUUGGAACUUAGCAAAGAAAACUGAAAUGCUCCCUUUGUUUUACAAACAUGUUACAUUGUAAGACUAUGAUGUUUUAGUGAUGCUACUUAUGAUCUUUAAAUUUAAUACCUCAAUACAUAAAAGUGGCAUACCUUUUGAAUGAUUAAAUGAUAACUAAUGGUCACAUACCUAUUAGAAAUGAGUAUUAUACUUAUAUUUACAACUGUGUUACGAAAAAAAUUGUGAUUGAUAUAAAGAGAUAGUGCCCCUCAUUAUUUUUUGUUCCAUCAGUAUCUAAAUCUACUUUACACUUAUUUUGUCUACUUUACACUUUUAGGAGCAUAAUAAGGAAUAUGGCUGAGAAACCUAGACUGCAACUUCAAAUAGUGCAUAAGCUGAAAAUGCAUAUUAGUUCUUAAAGGCCUAGGUUUACGCAGAUAUCAUUGUCCAAUGUCGAUGGCCCUUACGGAAUUUCAUAUUUUCUUUGAAGAUGGUCAAAUUACAGAAGGAGGUUCUUUCAACCAAGUUUUAUGUCUUGGCCUAAACUGUUACGAGAAUUGUUGACGAGACAUUGUUAUAAAGCAAAUUACCAUUGGCACUUCACUAUUAAUGAUAUAUAUUAUCAAUCGCGCAUGUCUAUUCAUAGAUGAUACACUAAGUUAGAAACUAAAAUUUAACUAUGUAGAUUCUGCAAAUCAAGGGCUCAUAAGAAUAUAGGUGGCAUGCCAAGGGAUGCCAAAGAUCGUGGAUGGUUGAGAAGUGUUUCUCGCAAGAGAAUUUCAGCAUAUUUUAACAUAGCUAUUCAAAAAAUCAACACAUGUCAAACGUCGUUAGUUCAAUAAUUAUUUUCACAUUUAUAAUUUUGUGACAUACGUUUUUCAUAAUUGCAGGAAUAGAAAUGUUUGUAUACGUGUUGGACCUGACUUCGGAUUCUUGGCAAGUCUAUUACUGGAACCAUCAAGGACAUGGUUGUUGUGGUCUCCAAGAGUGUCUCCAACUAUGCCAAGUAGCUUCUUCAGAGAUUCAUUUUCUUCGCCGGACCACAUCGGGGUAGAGACCAGACUAAGGACACGCCGGACUAUGGUCGUUCGCCCCAAGGGACCUCCUCCUUCAUGCUCCGUCACUAAGAAGAUCGUGGGAUUUGUCUUCAGUCUUCUCCAAUCUCCUGUUCAGGUUCUUUCACCUUGGGGUACAAGUAUAAUUGUUCUUCCUCAUCAUUCAUUAAUUUUAAUUUUAGCAUCACUCUAUUCUUUUCUAGCCGAAGGUAUUACUUUUCAACCCUUUUGGUGAGGUGUCUAAUAGAUCUAGAGGCCAUGAAAACUGUAAUCCGAGCCGGAUAGUAGGCCAUGUGACUAUGGGGGUUGGCUUGGGCAUUUGGUGUUGGCUUUGGGUUUUAAAUACUAUUUGGAGAAAAAGGAUUUUGACAUUGUAUUUGGGGGAGGGAAUGCUCAGAUUUAGUGAGUAGUGGCUAACAAGCUGCAUUUUAUGGUAUCUAAGUAGUUAUGGAACCAAUGGAAGUGUUUCACAUUGGCUGCAGUCCUGGGUUCAUUUUUCCAUGCUAAAUUCACAAUUGAUGGGCAUGGGGCUGUUGUUUUAAGGCUAUAGAUGGCAAUGGUAUUUAGUUAUUUUGACAUUAGUGUUACCCUUAAGGUCAUAGAUAUUUAGAUUUCAUAGAAACUGUGGUCUAAUUGCAGGUUUUUGUUGAUAUUCAUGUAGUCCUCAAAGAUCUAAUGGAGAUUGGCUGUCAGCUAAGGUUUUUUUUAAUUUUUUAUUACAUAAUUAUUUGAAGUUUUUACCUCUUCAUGGUUUAUGUGUCAAUGAAUGUUGAAUUGUGCAGGAAUAACCCACCUAAACAAGUAAUUACCAUCAACCCAACAUAUAUUCUUGGCAUUAAUAUAUCGUUCUGUCCAUGAAUAUGUGGAACCAUCUUCAGGUUAUUGAUUCCUUUUUAGCUCUUUUGAGGUGUGUAGUUAGUGACAUUUAUUUUCUCAUUGUAUGUGUGUCAUAUACAAUGCAAAGCACACUAAUUAAGUGCCAUAUAUAUGAUCAGUAAUCACCAGAACUUCUGCAUACAAAAAAAAGUAAUCAUCAGAAUUUCUUAGGGCAAUUUGGCUGUUAUAUUUGAAUUUGGUAUUAGUAAAACCUUAUCCUUUUUAAUGACAUAUGGAAAAAACAAGAGUCUGGAAACAGAGAUAUUAAAGGUGUCGCGUCAAAAAUUACAUGCUAUGGAGAACAUCUGCAUUAUUUAAUUAUGUAAUAUGGGUUGAAAGUUUCUCAUAGGAUGCAUGUAUAUAUGUGGUUUAGAUUUUUAUGACUAUCUCUAAUUACCACCAUUUCAUUUUUUAAAUUAAAUCUACUUUGGGGCCAUUUCUUCUUUGGUUAAAUCUGACAUAUACAUUAGGAUGGUGAUUUUAAGGGUGAGAGGUCCUCCAUCAUGUAAACCUAAUUGGACAUAGAUAUGUGUUUCACAUUAGAAUCAUGCAGUACUAUAAAUCAGCAAACAACCAAAGCUUCACAAUUACAAACGUAUUAAUGGAAUCCGUUUUAUGAACGGAACUUAAGCAUGUUAGCUUAUUUCCAGUAUUUAGCUUAUAUCCAUUACAUUUUUUUUGAAGUUUUUGUCAUGUUCAACGUAUAGGGUGGGUUUAGUACUAUUGCUGUAGGAACCCGAGGAAGUAUUUACGAAACCUGUCAAUGGGAGUCCUAAUAGAAAGUGAUGUCACUAUAAAACUUUAAACAUGUGUCUUUUAAAGGGAAAUGACGUGGAGUGUUGACAUAUGUCAGCUGAGAUGGACAAGGGCAGCUCUCCAUUUUAGCCUUGCACAAACCCCCUCAACUUCUCUGGAGAAUUCCAAUCACCUCCUUAAUGUCAACUCCACUUUGCUCCUCGCCGAUCAGUUGAAUGCCAACUGCCACGGUCCGUGGCUUCAUCUAACCAAAUCUCGACUCUAUACUCUAUACCCUGAAUUGUAUUGACACUACUGUUUACUGUACUAAUUGUGAUGGUGCCUAGAAAGCCUUAAAUUAUGUGGAUAUUGAAUCUGCAACCUAUGACAUCACGUUUUUCCUUCAGACAGUAACCACCAACCCAGCCCUUUAGUGGCAAUUUGAAGGUUCUUGACAGGCUAGCAGCUCGAAUAACAACCGCGGUUCAAGGCUAACAUCUUACAUCAAAACUAUUCGGGGAGUGUUGUUCGCUGAUAAUCACCCACCACCGUAGAGUUGGAAUCUAUUUCGGAACAUGCUUCUUCUCAAGUGAAACUGCUCCUGAUUGGUUUCGAAUUCAAAUCUUUGAUUUCUGCACCUUAGAUCAAAGGUACGAUUAUAUUUUGGCAAAGAGGUGGUUGGACCAGCGAAUCUUCUUCUUCUUUCAACUGGAGGGUGGCGAUCAAGGCCAGAAGUCUUAUUUUUUCUAUCGAUCUGUCAUCAAGAUCAUGUUGAUGAAAAUACAAUGCUCUACACAAAUAUUGGCGUCUAUAUUUUUCUAUGGGUAGUGAAGUUCGAUAUGGAACAUACAGCUGUUGUUUGAUGUAGUUUGAUGCUAAAAUCUGUACUCAACUUUUGACCAUGUUGUCUUUGGUUAGAAAAGGACUUGAGUUUUAUAAGUUCGGAUAUUGGUAAAAAUGAUUUCGAAUGACUCAUUCCCUGUUGCUUUUUAUAUUCUCUCUUAUGGGCCUUACCUUAGGUUGUU